GAAGAAGAUCGAACUCAUUUACUUCCGUGUAAAUUUUAUGAAUGACUCCAACUUACCCCGUCUAGCUUGCUAACCAAACAGAAGCGACAGCGGACCUCACAACUACUGCUGCCACCGAACCGGCCAAAAUGGACUAUACAGCGACUCAGAGUGGGUUCAGACAGCGUAAGUUACGUACGUGAGUUCGUGGAUCAAACCAGUCAAUUAUUAAUCACGCAGGCUGCACGUGCACAGUGUGUUCUUUCUCUGCUGAAAGCCGCUAUUUUUAGCUAAUUUCCUACUAAUGUUACACAACCUGUCAAAACAGACACCGAAACGUUAUAUUUAGCCAGCUUGAUAAACGCAGACCGACAGAGCAGAAGAUUUGAGCACCUUAAUAAAGACCAUUAGUGUGUCUAUAUAAACAUUAGUGCUAAUAAUAGCUGAGGUUUCUGGCGAGGCCGGGCGAGCUAACGGUAGUCCCCUGUACACACCCCUCUGUGAGGAAGACUGUGGUACACUGUAUUUACGGACUGUUGUUACAAACUUAGUGAAAACAUGUUAUCACUGUACAGUUGGCUCAGCAUUGUAGUUAAAGCUGUAGAAGACGUGCCUUUCAAUAUGAGGUUUAUUGACACACCGAUUAUCCGAUUAGUCAUGUUUAAAUAGACUAAAACCACUGACUUGUGAUCGUAUUCAAAGAGGUGUUAGUACAGUUAGUUUCAAAUUUUACUGAGAUAAAGGAGUGUAACAGACUGCUGCUGCUUUUUAAUUAGUCACAUAAGAACCAAGCAAGACUCACGUGUAAUAUCACACAUCACCAGUUUGUUAAUCUCUAUAAAGUACGAAAGAAUCAGUCCAUUACGGACUACCGCGGGGGUGACGCAGCUCAAGGAAGAACAUGUAUGAUCAUUUUGCACUGCAGACGCGGUAGUUCUUCUGCCUUAGCGUCUCGGUCUGAUUGCAUUUCUAUAAAGAAAUCAUCAUAAAUGUCCUUCCUUGAGCUGUGUCACCUUGCUGUGGUCCGUAAUGGACUGGCCCGAGGUCUUGCUACAAACAAGCGGCUGCUGGAAGAGAGUAGGUGAGUUGUGUUUAGUCUCUCUGCUAAAGAAAUCAGGCAAAGUUAAAAAGAUGUUUGGUGGCUAGUGCUGUGGUUUGGACCCUAUAUGUACUGUUGAUGAAGUUAGGUGCUGUUCUGAGUAUUAUUUGUGGCUAUAGAGUGGCUUUUUGGUUCAGGUUUGUGUUUGGCUCCUCAGACCGCUGUGUAUUGCUAUCGUGCGGUCGUUACUAAAGUUGGUAUAACUAGAGAAGCAAGUGGUCAGCAACAUUCAUCUCAGGAGGGGGUGUCUAACUCAGUAUUGCGAUGUGUUUGACCCUAGAUUUAUUUUAUGCCGGCAUAUCCUUUUAAACUGUAAAAUCGACAAAUAAGGAUGUUAUACAUCUUGGUAUCUUCAAUGUUGCUUAAUACCCCUUUUAAAAGUGUGUUGUCCAAUAUCUGCAUUUUGACUAACCAGCCCUCACAAAAUCAAUAUCACUGUUACCUUUUCCAGAUGAAAACAUAACUUUACUACUAUCUUUUAACAGCAUAUUAAAAUAAUCACUGGCCAGUGUUUUAACAUUGUAUUUUAAUUUUAAAAAUUAACAGCAGUGUUCUGAAAUCUGUAGCUUAAUCGAAUUUCUCUGUCUUUUUGACUUUGAUUAAUUAUAAACCCAUCUCAAACAUGUUACUGGAUAAGAUGACCCUGUAAUUGGAUUUUAAUAAACUUUUCUUUUAACAUCACUAUAACCUCAAAUUAUGUUUUUCUUAAUUAUAUCUGGUAGCUGAGCAGAAGUCCCAAAGUCUUUUGUACCAACAUUGAACUGACCCAAAUAAUGUUCUGUCUAUAUUUAUUUGAUAAAUGAUUAACUCGAAUUCAGCAGGUUUUUCACCCACUCAUUAGCUUUUUCAUGUUGAAAAAAUAUCACUAAUCGGACAUCAGCCCACCUGCUCCCAAAUUUUUACAAAAAAUCGGUCAACCCCCACAGAUGACCCUCCCUUCCAAAAGCACAUUUUAAACAUGUGUAAAUAGUCUUUAUUAACAUCCUACCUCAGUGAUAGCACUGAGGCAUACUGUUAUUUUAUAAUGUAGACAAGACAAGUCAGACUUUGAGCUCUUUUGUACACUUUGUAUGCGGUAGAAGGACACAAGAUGUCAUGUACCUUGUUUGCCAUCAGGGAGGAGACGGAGAGGAGAUCUGAUCUUUAAUCUUGGAGCUUUAAGGAUGAUGUAAUCUGCUCUGGUAUGAAUGUGUGGUAACAUUAUCCCUGCCUUAGGGGACAGAUUUUAAGAGGUCUUUUUAUUCACAUUCAUACUGAGAUUUUAUGCACAUUUGUGCAAACAAUUUGGCCAGUGUUUAUGUGCAGUUGCUGUGAUGCUCUUGUUAUUCACUUUUACAUGGACACCCCCUGAGACAGAGGUAAUGAACUGAGAGGUGUAACAAUACAAGAUUAAACAAGUCUAAUUGUACCUGAUUCAUGUUAAGAAGUUAACACCUUUCACUCUAAAACUGAUGAUCACAGGAAAGACUUUGAAUUCAAAAAAUUUUUUCUUUCUUUCUUUCAUUCUUUCUUUCUUUCAAUCUUAACAGUUGUAUAUAUGGUAUAUAUUGUUCAACAUUUAUUAGAAAAGCAAUAGUAACUUAAAGUUCCAGCACUUUCCAAGAUGCAAACAGUGUUGGUGAGUCACUGUGUUUUUACGGCUCUAUGAUCUGCUUGCUUGCUUCUUUCAAUGUCAUUUUGAUAAAAAAUACCUUUGCUUGCAUUACUAACUAAAACUGUUUUUUUCAACUCAAAUUUUGAUGUAUUUGUGAGGUUUAGAUUUACUCAUAUUUACCUCUAAGUAACCACUGUCUCUUUGAUUCAGAGCCUAAUAUGCGUCUAAGGAAUAGCUCCAUGGAUGGCUCAGAAGGCAGUCAGCUGUUCGAGGAUACGAGCAGAGCCACACCUGGAUCCCAGGCAGGGUACAGGUGGGAUACAUUUCAUACAUUCCCACAAUAGCAGUUCGAUAUAAAGCACAUUUCCUCACCUAAUGUAAUAUUUAUCCUUUAGUUGCACAUGUAGUUUGUAUUAAAGUGAAUCAGAUGUUGUUUUUGUAUUUUGACUGCUUAUGUCGCAUCAAGGGCCAAAAAAACAAGCUACCAUUUCAAAUCCAACAUCAGACCAUCAAAGUCAUAUUUGAUGGUGUGCACACACACACGUUCGUUUAUCAUAUUCUUUUAAUUGAUAUGAUUUUUCCAUUCUGAUAGCAGGACCCAGCAGACUGGACCUCAAGCAGCUGGAUACCCUGGCCAGUCCAUGAUGCAAGACCCCAUGUCACACUUGGCCAUGACAUACGGUGCCUCACUGGCAUCACAGGGAAGGGAAAUGAUGGACAAGAAUGUAAGACAUGUUCACAGAUAUUCUUUGUAUGCACAGUUUGUGAAGGUCUUCCUUUGAAACAGUCAAGAAUUGAAGAAUAUUCACGGCUAUUUCUGCUGGAAGGGUUUCCCCUAAAAUAAGCCAAAAGCCAUACUGGAUAAUAUUUCAUUUUGUACGAUAACAAACUUGGGUGAAUAAUGUCGGGUGCAUCGUGUGCCUUCUUUUUUCAGCUGGACAGGUUCAUCCCAAUUUCUAAGCUCAAAUACUACUUUGCUGUGGAUACAGUGUAUGUGGGAAAGAAGUUAGGCCUCUUAGUUUUCCCGUACAUGCAUGAGGUAAGUCGUCUAACAUAUUCAAGAUGUCACUCUUGUGUCAGGAACACCAUGAUAUUUUGAGAUAUGAAAUAUUAAGAACUCAUGAAAUGUGAUGUGCAUUGUGUGUGAGGUGUAAAGGAUAUAAUAGGCUUUAUGUGUGUGAUCAUUUCUGUGUUGUAGAACUGGGAGGUGAGCUACCAGCAGGACACGCCUGUAGCUCCACGCUUUGAUGUGAACGCUCCGGAUCUCUAUAUUCCAUCUAUGGGCUUUAUCACAUACGUCUUGGUGGCCGGGCUGGCCCUCGGAACACAAAACAGGUAAAUAGAGAUGCAUGCUUUUAUACAUGCCAUAGAAUACAACACCCGAGCUUGGAGAACUCAUGUUGGGCAUGUGACAUCUAGUCCACCAUGUUUACACUAAAGUCACCCACAGACGGUCAAUCUUGUGUGUCCUGCAGAUUCACCCCUGAGCUUCUGGGAGUUCAGGCCAGCUCAGCGCUAGUCUGGCUGAUCAUGGAAGUCCUGGCUGUCCUGCUGUCGCUCUACCUCGUGACUGUAAACACUGACCUCACCACCAUAGACCUGCUCGCUUUCUCCGGCUAUAAAUAUGUUGGGUAUGUAAACUUGAGCAAGUAGCUCUAAUUGUUCUGAUAUCUUAAAAUUUGAUGAUUCCAGACAACUCUGACCUGUGAGUGUAUCCUUUGUGUUUGUGUCUUCAGGAUGAUCAUAGGCGUGGUUGCAGGCCUGUUGUUUGGGAGGCUAGCAUACUACCUUUCUCUACUGUGGUGUUGUGCUGCCAUUUUUGUCUUUAUGGUGAGUAGCGGCGACUGUUAACUUUCAGGAGGUUUAUUUGCAGAGUUUCUUAAAAAAGAAUUUGCUUGGUUUGAAAUUUAUAAAUGUGAGUUCACGACUGAAGGACUAUGGGAAAAUGUGGGUCCCAGAGUGAGACCAGUUGAGAACCACUGCUGUAAAUCAUUCAGUUGAAACUUUAUCUCAACGAAAAUAAAAAAAACUCAUUAUGAUGGGCCUCUUAUUCUGGUCUCUCCUCAGAUCCGCACUCUGCGCCUGAAGCUUUUAUCUGAGGCAGCAGCAGAAGGUCGACCAGUGAGAGGAACCAGAAACCAGCUGAGGAUGUACCUCACCAUGUCCAUAGCAGCAGCACAACCCAUCUUCAUGUACUGGCUCACCUACCACCUCAUCAGAUAAAACCUGAACAAACACUUUUUUGGUGAACUUGGCCGUCUGAACGUCAUCUCAGCCACUAGAAACACACACAAAGAAAACACACUCAUAAACACAAACAUAUCAUAAGAGUUGGAGGAAACACCCAGUGGCUGCAGUUGUCUGGAUGGUAACCCAUCUCUUUCCAGAAAUAAAGACAGAAGUGCUCAUACAGAAGACUCACUCCAUGUAUGAAUGGAGUCAAAUAUCACAUGCUACAAAACGAAUAAGAAGUGAGGAAUCUCUGCCUCCUCUCUGACAGCACAGCCCUGUGUCUUUGGUCUUGCCUUUAUUUUUUGUCUUUUUUUAUGUGGUGUCUUCAAACGUUUGUAGCAAGAGCAAGUGGCUUUAAUUUCUUUUUCUACAGUGUGUAAUUAUAUGUUAAUUAAGUUUUAUAGGACUAUUUAAGUAUGUUUGUUUAAAGUAAGAAUAUUACAGAUGUCACUCAUCUGAUAUCUUGAGUGAAAUUUCUGAGCCGACCGAAAGAAAGCACACUAACUUCACACAGACUGUCCACCUCAUAGAAAGGAAGGAACUCGUUUUAGGUUUUAAAUUAAAGGACCUGGAAAAUCGGUGCGUGUCUAAGUGUGGGUGUGCACAACCUCAUUUUUAUCUAUUAAACAUUUUUGUAUGUGCUUUGGUACAUGUAUGAGCUUUGCUGCCUGAUAACUCAAGAAUAGAAAGUGUUAAGUAACAUGAAGCUGUAGGGCUUACUCUGACUUUGAAAGAAACGAGUAAAUUAUUAACUGCUUUUCAUAUUUAAGGUCAGAGGGAAUAAAAAGAGAUUAGAUGAGCUCUUCUGUGGAAAAUGUCUCCAGUCUUCUUGACACUUGAAAUGUUUUAAUGUAAGAAAUGCUUCUUGUGCUUUAUUGUGUUUGUAAAUCACCUGAUGUCACCGAGACACGAGCAACUAAGCUCUUUGUAAAUGUAGCUAACGUUAACAGACCAGGGUAAGAAUCACAUUCACUUUGUUCAUUCAGGAAAUCUUCAGAAAUUCAGGAGCUUUGCAUUUUUUUAAGUGUGUACAUAUUAAUGAGUGACACUGCAAUGUUCGGUUACUUGAGGUGCCAAUAAAAAACUUUGUCUGAAUGUUGUGGAAAAAGUGCUCAUCAUAGUGUUCAAAGUAAAUGAUUCUACUGUGAACUGAUCAUGAUCAGGUCUGAGCUCUGACUGUGACAGGGCAGAAAGCACACAACCUUUGAAGCCAAGCCAUUGGUAUCACUAACAUACAAAUAAAGUUUUUGACUAAU